GAUCACCCCCCGAUGAGGAUUAUUUAAGCAGUCUGUCUGAAUCAGAGGGGUGUUGCCCUGCCCAGACACAAUAUUCUGCAAUAGCAUUUACUGUAUCUCCGCGAUAGACAGACUCCUGUCUUUCAACUACAGACAGCAUGGUGUACCACCCUGAGUUUGAGCGAGCAGGCAAGGAACCUGGGCUCCAAGUGUGGAGAAUUGAGAAUUUUGAUUUGGUGGCAGUUCCUGAGAACCUCUAUGGAGGGUUUUACACUGGUGAUGCUUACGUGGUCCUCAAUACUAUCAAGCAACGCUCUGGCUACCUACAGUAUGACCUCCACUUCUGGCUAGGUGACUAUUGCACGCAAGAUGAAAGUGGGGUGGCUGCCAUUUUCACAGUGCAGAUGGAUGACUAUUUGGGUGGAAAGCCCAUCCAGUACCGUGAAGUUCAAGGCCAUGAGUCCAAAGAAUUUCUGGGAUAUUUUAAAAAAGGGCUGCAGUACAUGAAAGGUGGAGUUGCAUCUGGAUUCAAGCAUGUGGUCACCAAUGAAGUUACAGUGCAACGGGUGCUACAGGUCAAAGGUCGGCGUGUUGUCAGAGCAACAGAAGUGCCAGUCAGUUGGGAGAGCUUUAACCGGGGAGACUGCUUCAUCCUAGACUUGGGCAACGAGAUCUACCAGUGGUGUGGCUCAAAGAGUAACCGCUUUGAAAAGCUAAAAGCUACUCAGCUUGCAAAGGGCAUUCGUGACAAUGAGCGCAGUGGACGUGCUCGAGUGUAUGUGUGUGAUGAAGGGGUGGAACGUGAGAAGAUGUUGGAGGUUCUUGGAGAAAAACCAGACCUGCCUGAAGGAGCGUCUGAUGAUAUCAAGGCUGAUGCCUCCAACAGGAAGAUGGCCAAACUCUAUAAGGUGUCUGAUGCCAGUGGAGACAUGACGAUUGCUCUGGUGGCCGCUGAGAACCCUUUCUCUCAGAGUGCACUGGAAUCAAGCGACUGUUUCAUCUUGGAUCACGGCUCGGAUGGCAAAAUCUUUGUCUGGAAAGGAAAAGAUGCCAAUGUGGAAGAGAGAAAGGCUGCCAUGAAGACAGCAGAAGAGUUCAUUAAGAAAAUGGGUUACCCAAAACACACACAGGUUCAGAUUCUCCCAGACAUGGGCGAGACGCCUCUAUUUAAACAAUUCUUCAAAAACUGGCGUGAUUUGGACCAGACGGAGGGUCUGGGUGUGGCUUACGUCUCAAACAGCAUUGCUAAGAUCGAGAAGGUGCCAUUCGAUGCUUCAACUCUCCAUGAUUCACCAGCCAUGGCUGCCCAACAUGGAAUGAUCGAUGACGGAAACGGAGAGAAACAGAUCUGGCGUAUAGAAGGAUCAGACAAGGCUCCAGUUGAUCCCUCUACUUAUGGCCAGUUCUAUGGAGGAGACAGUUACAUUAUCCUGUACAAUUACCACCAUGGAGGCAGACAGGGUCACAUCAUCUACAUCUGGCAGGGUAAGGACUCCUCACAAGAUGAGAUUGGGGCAUCUGCCAUCUUGGCUGCCCAGCUGGACGACGAGCUUGGAGGUGGACCAGUGCAGGUGCGGGUGGUUCAGGGUAAGGAACCUGCUCACCUCAUGAGUCUUUUCGGAGGGCAGCCCAUGGUGGUGCACAAGGGUGGGACCUCCAGGGAAGGCGGUCAGACUGCGCCAGCCGAGACUCGGCUGUUCCAAGUGCGCUCAAACUCUGCAGGGUGCACACGAGCGGUGGAGGUUGAUGGUUUGUCCUCCAAUCUGAAUUCCAACGAUGCCUUCGUCCUGGUGACCCCAGCUGCGUCGUUCAUAUGGGUGGGACGAGGAGCCAGUGAUACAGAGAAACGUGGGGCACAGCAGCUCUGUGAUAUCCUUGGAGUGUCGGCCUCCGAGCUGGGUGAAGGAGGAGAGGAUGGUAGUUUCUGGGAUGCUCUGGGAGGAAAGGCCGAUUACCGCACGUCCUCGAGGCUAAAGGACAAGAUGAAUGCCCACCCGCCUCGACUGUUCGCCUGCUCAAACAAAUCUGGGAACUUCAUUAUUGAAGAGGUUCCUGGAGAGAUGACUCAGGAGGACCUGGCUACAGAUGAUGUCAUGAUCCUGGACACCUGGGAUCAGGUGUUUGUUUGGAUUGGUAAUGAAGCUCAUGACGAGGAGAAGACUGAGGCGAUGGCUUCAGCUGCCCGAUACAUCGAGACGGACCCAGCCAACCGUGACCCGCGCACACCUAUCGUGAAGAUUAAACAGGGCUUUGAGCCGCCCACUUUCACAGGCUGGUUCCUGGGCUGGGACCAUGACUACUGGAGCACUGACCCCCUGGAGCGGGCCAUGGCGGAGCUGGAGAUCUGAGAUCAACUUUGAGCUGUCACCCCUGACCUUUAAACCCCACUGCCUUACUGCAAGUUGCCCUUAGAUAAAUAUAAGAUGCCAACUUGAUGCUUAUCAGGGUUUAAUCAUGGAUUCAAAAACAAAAGCUUGUCAUGAGUCCGUAUCAAAAGGCAAUUUUUAAUAAGAGCACUUUACUGCUCUGAGCUUCAGUCACCAAACAUAAGGCAACUCCAUUUAUCUUUCACCUCGUUACUUCUCUGUUUAAGUGUUUUCUUCCUGUGCUCAACAAUGUUUUGAAGACUUUUAAAGCUUUUAGAUUAUGUUUGGUCUGCACACCUUAUGAUACUGAAGUGCAUGAGCUUGUAUAAGAAAAUAUACAGGAAUAUAUCAUUAUCAAAAUCUGUCAGACAUCUUUUGGCAUUCCUUUUCUAUAAACCUUUUAUUUUGUGCCCAGAGAUUUACUAGCAAUACUACUUGUGUUCUGAAUUUAUAUU